CCGCCCGCCGCGACCCCCCGCGCCCGCACCAUGGCCGGCCCCGGCCUCGCCUGCUGCCUGCUCGGCCUCCUGGCGCUGACCUCCGCCUGCUACAUCCAGAACUGCCCCCUGGGCGGCAAGAGGGCCGCGCUGGACCUCGACGUGCGCCAGUGCCUCCCCUGCGGCCCCGGGGGCCAAGGGCGCUGCUUCGGGCCCAGCAUCUGCUGCGGCGACGAGCUGGGCUGCUUCGUGGGCACGGCCGAGGCGCUGCGCUGCCAGGAGGAGAACUACCUGCCGUCGCCCUGCCAGUCGGGCCGCACGCCGUGCGGGAGCGGGGGUCGCUGCGCCGCCGCCGGCAUCUGCUGCAGCCCGGACGGCUGCCGCGCCGACCCCGCCUGCGACCCCGACGCCGCCUUCUCCCAGCGCUGA